AUGGUUUUCACAUUGCUUAACCAAUUAGACGGUGUUUCGGGAAGCAGUGCUCUUCCGAAACAAGGGGGAGAUCAGAUUAACUUUCUAGUCACUCGGAGACCAUUCUCAUUCAAAUGCUUGAAGCAUAUCGAGAGAGAAACACUCUCGUAUUAUGAUGUCAAUCGCAUUCUCUUCUCUUUCUACAUCAAGUAUGGAAAGCCUCAACUUCAGAUUUGGAGCAUGCAGAAGUUGGUUGCAGUCAAGGUUUAUGCAUAUUUUCCAAUUAAGAACUUCACAAAUGUCAGGUUUAAAGGUUUCAGAGGAUCAAGUCGUAUCGAAGUCAAGUUCACUCUUGCAGAUUUGCCAUUGGCAAAGAUGGAUGUAGGAAUUGUUGCUAUUUUGAAAAAGAAGCCUGUUGUGAAUCCCGAACAAGAACCAAAGGACUUCCGAAAUCCGAAACUAGGGAAGAUUAAUAAAGAAAACAAGAAUGUUUUGUAUCAACGAAGAGAAGGUCUGGUGGCAGCCACCAAGUCAAAUAACGCUAAUGAUUUGAAGUGA